CACCAUGGUAGCUGUAAUAUAAAGAGAAAACAAAAUAAUAAAUAAACAAAAAUUGAAGUACUGAACAAAAAAAAAAUUUCUUUUAAAAAAAAAUCUCAAAAAUGCCCAAAAUAAAAUCCAAGAAAGGCCGACGGGAAGUGGACUGGUCUUCGGAUGUCCAUUUUCAAAAGACUCGUUCCAUUGUCUAUAUCGAACACACCCAUGAAUGUCCCAUAUUCGCCAUUAAAGCUGAGGAGUUUCUUAAAUUUCUUCAAUCUCAAAUAUCAACAAGGCAAUUUGUUUUAAUACGCAAUGGCUAUGGAAAAAUUGAGCCUCGUCCGGGUUCAUUCGAAAUAGAGUUUUCCCAAAAUGCUCGUACCUCAAGACAUAAUCUAUGGUCCGGUUUAGAUAAGGGUCCACCGAGACGGGAUAAGUUUCCCAAUUUUGAAAGUCUUAUGCCGGCAAUACACAAAAUUUUAAAGAAAUUCUAUCCGGAUGUGGUGCAAAGAGGCGAAGAUGAUUAAUGCAAAUGUGGAAAUUUGAGGUUGGAAUGACAAUGAGGUCCUCGCAUUGUUUUGGGUACUGAACAAUUUUAAGUUGAUUGUUGCUUAUAAAAUCCUGUAUAUCGAAUAAAGACAAAACAAUUAUUA